UUAAUAAAUUUAUUUUGUCACAAAUUAUGCAUUAUGUGAUUUAUUUAAAUAUUAAAAAUAUCUAAUGUAUACUAAUUUUGAAUACAAAUAAUAAUAUUAUAGCAAGCUAUGUAAUAAUAUUUAAAUAAUGGCUCCACUAAUAAUUGAUUUUGAUAAAGUCUGUCGAUUAUGUCUUCGUGACGAUGAUGGAAAUAGUAAAAUGGUAUCAAUAUUUGAAAAACCAGUUCUUGAAGAGACCAUAAAAGAUUGUGUGCAAAUCGAGGUGUUAUUAAAUACUGAUGAACCUACUAAUAUAUGUACUAGUUGCAUAUUGAGUUUGGAUUCUUGGGUCAAAUUCAAAUUACUAUGUGACAAUACCAAUGCAUUCUUACAGCAAUACAGACAGGAUAAGAAUGAUUCUGACCUAGUGUUCAAUUCCGACAUAACAAACUUAGGACCAAUGGGAUUCACACCAUCUCAAAUGUCAGACUUGAGCAUCAGUUUUUUUGAAAGUGAUUCAUUAUGGAACGGUUUAUCACAACCAUGGAAUGAAAGUGAUCCUAUAUGUACCGAUUCGCCUGUUCCAAAGUAUAUGAAAAAAGUACAGCCACCUGAAGAUUUAAUUAAUGACACCAUAUCUGGUAAAGAAUGUUUAGAUUUAGCCUUGAGUGUAUUAAGCAAAAAAGACACUAAUUUUACCUAUACCAAAGCUAAUUGGUGGAAUCCCAAAGCUAUUUCUAUGAAAAAAAUAUUAAAAGAAAAUGAAAAACCUAUUUUAAAAAAUGGAAUUUCAAAAUCAAUGGCCAGAUAUAAUCGAUAUCAGCGUAAAACGUAUUCCUGUAACGUUUGUUUGGAAACUUUUACAAAAUUCAACGAUCUUAUUAUACAUGACUCAAAAGUGCACAUUGACAUGCCCAAGAACUUUAGUUGCAAAAAUUGUGGUAAAUUGUUUUUAUCUGAAGAACGUUUGGAAAUACAUGAAAAUGUUCAUAGAGAAAAAUCCUUUGUGUGUCAAAUAUGUCAAAAGAAGUUUACUCAACAAAAGACUCUUGAUAUACAUUUGAAUGUUCAUAUUGGUUUAUACCCUUGUCAGAAAUGUGACUUUAAAGCUCAGACAAUGUAUAAUUUAAAAAUUCAUGAAAAUACUCAUUCAAAAGUUAAAGACCAUUGUUGUCAAGAGUGUAAAAAGGAGUUUUCAACAGUAUCAUCAUUGCGUAGACACAAUCGUCUUGUUCAUCAAAAAUUAGUUUGGUUCCGUUGUGAUAAAUGUGAUUACUCCACAAGCCAACCAUCAAAUAUGAAGUAUCACAAGUCUAGUCAUGAUCCACAAAAUUGUGUUUGUGAUCAUUGUGGUGCACGUUUCAAAAAUCGAGAUCUGUUUAAGGUACAUUUAAAAACACACGAAGAAGCUAAGUUGAGUUGCGCUCAUUGCGAGAAACUUUUUAAAAAGAAGUCACACCUCAAGGAACAUUUGAGCAGUUGCUAUGUAUUGGGGCCUAGUUUAAAGAAAUAUAAAUGUGAUGUGUGUGAAAAAUGCUUCAUGAGAAUCAAGACUUUGCGUAUUCACAAAAAUAAAUGUCAUCCAAUUGUUAUUGACAUUUAAUUAAAAAAAAUUUUUUUUUCUUCUUUUUCCAUCUGAAAUUACAAUUAUCAUAAAUAAUUGUUUUAUAAACCUACAUUUACAUUUUAAUUAAUU